UGGUCAAAUGCCUAAUGGUCUUGAAAUGAAGAAGAUGCAAGCCAGUAGAGGAAGUUUUGCCAGUGGGUCAAGGGCAGGCAACAAGGUUGUACCUGUAGUGCCAGAAAUAGAGGUAGAGAAUGCAGAUGAUGAAGAGUUUCAACAAAUGUUGGCGGAUGCCGGAGACAUGCCGGAGCUCGAGUUUAAAGACGACGGGUACAUUGAACUUGUGCUUAGAAUUCUUGGUCUCAUGUGUGACAACCAACAUUUUGGUCUUCAGAACUAUCUACGAGAACAACCAGACAACAUUAAAUCUGUGAACCUUGUGGCUGAGACAACCAAGUUCUUGAACAUUCUUUACUCCAACAUCAAUGCCAACUCUGUUGCUCUUAUCACGCAGGUGUUUGAAACCUUGGUGGAGUUCACCUCAGGCAACAUUACUAACCAGGCAGUUGUGUUUGACAACAAAGUAUGUGAUUAUGUCAACCACAUACUGCGUGUUGGUGUCUACAAAGACUGUAUGGAUGAAGAGGUAUAUUCAUUGAAGAGUGCUAUAGGAACACUUGUACGAUGUUUGACAGAAGAAAAUCCAAAGUCCGAGGAUGAGGAGAAUCAGGCCAACUUGGCUAAGAUUUCUGAAAAAUUGGAACGGCAUAGCAUUUCAGCAAAGGAAGUUAUGGAGUAUUUGGACACGGACGUUCUUGUCAACACGAUGACCGAGGCAUGGAAGGCAUAUGAGGUAAAUGUUUGUUUUUAGCUUUGAAAGAUUGUAAAAAACACAAGUACAAUGUCUCUGUGAUCAAGCACUGUGGUAAUGGAUUGUUUAAGAUAUUACAGCAAAAUAAGGAAAACAAUAA